GCCCGAGGAGAAGCUCAAGAGUUUCCAGCCGUGGGCAGACAAGCAGGUGAAAGCGUACAUUGCGAGGAUCCAGCCCAUAACGAAGGAGCAGGCGGCCACUCACGAUGGCUACAUGCAUGCGCCCGAAGACCCGCACGCCUUGCACAAGUGGAAGUUGGAGUUGAGGUACCGCAUCGCGGGCAUUACAUCAUUAGCGAUGGCAGCGAAGAGAGCAUCAGAGUUCGACGACGCCGAGCGCCACGACCGCAAGUUAGCAGUCAUGAAAUGCAUGCUCGCAAACACUCUUUCGUACCCGCAGCAGCUCGCUGACUUAAAGAGUCGCAAGGAAAGGGCCACGGUCAGAAUGCAGAACACCAUCGCUCGCAUGACCGACUUAAAGACGCAGGAGGGCGAGAUUGCCACGGAGAUCGAGCAGUACAAAGAGUGCAUCGCAGAGAUAGAGGAGCUACGGCUGGAGGACGACGACAUGCAGCCCCAGCAGCAGGUCACCCAGGAGAUCAGCGAGAUGAAGUACAUUAUGUUACAGUCCAAUCAGCAGUUCCAUCAGAUGGCGCAGAGACAGCAGCAGACCGACUCUACGACAGUGGACACCUACGGAGGCAGCAGGUACGCAACUGGCAACGCCAGCAACGCCGUCACUCAUCACGGGGCCGAGGCGAUCAACAUGGCAGUGAAGGAGGAGGAACGUGUGAAGAAGGAGGAGGACGACGUGAAGUCGCCGCCCAGGAAGGAGCCCAGGACGGUCGCGCCAUUCGCUGAUGCUGAGGCCGGCGGCAACGAUGCGGCCGCCGCUCAUGCGGAGCAGGAUGGCGCGAAUUUGUUGCAGAUGCUGGCUGGUAAGGACUCCCUCGCCUUCACCAGUGGGGGCUCCCUUGUUGGAGGCCCGCAGGAUGCGCAUAAGCUUGCCAAGCUAGGUGAUGUUCACGACUCGGUGGGCUUCGUUCUGGAGAAGGACGUGGGCAGUGUAUCUGCCGAGCUCGUGGGUACUUUCAUCCAGGCCGCCCCGGGGACCUUUGGGCAGCCAGAGCUCGACGUCGAGGCUCCCCAUCGCAAGAGGCAGGCCUGGUGGAACGAGGUGCAGCAGCUCGUGACCAGGCAUGGUGUCCUGCGCCGUUACAAAGAUUUUGACACAUGGCCCCUGUUUUGCUUUGUAGACUCCUUGCUGCAGUUGAUUGACCACCCUGAUGUGGAAUUAGAGCAGGUUCGAAAGGAGUUCCUGGAGUUUGAUGUGACCUUGGGGGUGCUCGCCUUUGGGUGUCGGUUGUGGUUGGCGCAGGCGUUGGCCUUGGGCUUGCUGAAGCACUUUGCGAAGGCUGAGAAGGCCUACGUGUGUUCAGUUAAGGAACUUGUAAGCGAGUACAACCGCUUGCAGCAGCUUUUUAGUUCCGUAGGGCUCAGGGACUUGAGUGAUAUCAUGUCGUUGGAUGCUGUGAGGGUGGCCAUCUUGAAUGCCUCUCGUAGGCGUGCAGGGGGGCCUGACAUCGUCACCUAUGAUUUGUGCAACGCUGCCCCGGAGGUCAAGUGUACGUCAGAGGUAGCCAAAGCCUCUACAGGGACGCGGCCAGGCAUGCCGCCUGCAGAUUUGCUUUUCACGUUAUCCUUUGCACCCGUGCACGAGAGGCUGCGCGAGCGUUUCUUUGCCGAGGGGCUCGCGCUGGACGCCAGAGAUUUCGGAGUCGACCCUGCUUGUGCCUUCCGUCCCGACGGUGACCAGCAGGACGCCCUAAUAGGAUCGCCGUCGUACGUCGAUGACCUCGCUGUGCUGCAGGCUGCCAGGACGGCGCACGAGGCCAUCAGGUUGGCCCAAGUCGUGGUAGGGAUCGUGGAUGACGAGAUGAGAGUUCGGGGAUUUAGUGUGAAUUAUGGGGAGGGGAAGUCGACGCUCCUCAUAUGCCCGACUGGUUAUGGCAAGCGCGGCGUUGCUAGGGACCUGGGUGCCAUGAGAAGCAAGUUUUGGGUGCCACACAUAAGGCAGCACGUGCACCUGGCACGCGCGUGCAAGCACCUUGGUUCUAUGAUUCACGAUGGCGGGGCCAUGAAUGCUGAGCUGAUGCAUCGGCAUAGGUCUCAGCCGAGCGUCUUGGGUGGCCUUCGGAGGGCCGUCUUCAAGAAAAACAACGAUUUGGAGCUUGGUCCCAAGUUUAAGUUCGCCGCUGCCUUCUGCCACAGUCGCGUUAUGUUCCAUGGGGCUGUAUGGGCGCCGUUGUCUACCAGCAAUCAGUCCUUUCUCGAGUCGGCCUACCUGACAUCCCUGCGUGCGGCCAUGGGGUAUAAGGUGCAGGGGGAAGAGUUGUGCGCAUGGUCCAAGGACGAAGUAUAUGUUUUCAGUAAGCGUUUGUCUCCUCUUACGGUGCUCAGGCUCAGGCGCUUGAGGUUUCUCCAGAGGCUCGUAGGCUUUGCUUUCAACGGUUUGCUUUUCCUGCUUGAUUGUAUGAUCGAUGCGGAAGGGAGCUGGGCUGAGCUUAUGCAGGCUGGCGGAUUUAACUGGCAUUCGCGUGGGCGGCUCUUGAGACAUCUGAGGUUUGGAUCCAAGACUUGCCUGCCCACGCUUGUGCACUUUCUCGAGCCCCUGAGCGUGCCGGAGAUGAUCGGACUUCGGACCGCCGAUGCUAAAGAGGCGCAGGCCUUGACAGCAAAGGGGGGUGUGCAGCUGGCCGCCGAGUAUCCGCCAGAAGGGUUCGUGGGGCCUACUCUGGGUGGUGACAUUCCGAACCUGCUUGUGCGAGUCAGCACGCAGGGGAUCGAGAGGUCGUUCCUGGUUUUGCAGGAGCAGGACGGCUCCAGCAGGCCGCUGCGCCAUGGGUCAGAAUUCGAUGCCGCGGGCCGCGAAGCGGGCCGGCCGCACGCCAUGCCGGCCCUCUUCCGCCCCGUCGGCGCUGCGCUCCCCGCGCCGCCUGGAUCCGCCCAGCUCCCUGCCGCCGUGCGCGGCUUCCGGCACGCCGCGCGUUCUCUCGGCAGCCGGCGCACAGCAUUCUGCACCCCGGCCCUCAACGACCUGCCCUCGCCCGCCGCCGCUGGCGCUCGCGAG